CAGCAGGAAAGGAGGACGCUGCCGGGUCCGGGGAGGCCCUUAAUUCCUGGCUGUUGUGGGCUUCAGUUUACGCCACAAGGUCGGGCUGUCCACUUCACUUCGUCCACGCAGUCGCUGUACUCUGAACUUGAACGUACAAUGCCUGAUCUGAAAGGAAAAGUUGCCAUCAUAACUGGCGCCUCGUCGGGUAUCGGCGAAGGGACGGCGCUCUACUUCGCUUCUCUCGGCUGCUCGCUUACGCUGACUGCACGGAACAAGCAGGCUCUCGAGAGAGUUGCCAAGGAGUGCUGCGCCAAGGGACUUCCCUGUGACAAGGUGAUUGUUGUACCUGGUGACAUAUCCGUGGAGAAGGACGUUGCUGCUGUGGUGGAGAAGACGGCAAAGCACUUUGGAAAAAUUGACAUUCUCGUGAACAAUGCUGGUAUUCCCAUGCCAGGUACAAUUGAAAGAACUACGACAGAAGACUACAACCGCGUCUGGGACACAAACUUUCGGGGCCCGCUCUGCAUGAUCAAGAACGCUCUUCCAUACUUGCGUAAAACCAAAGGCAGCAUCGUGAAUAUUUCAAGCGUUGCGUCGACGAUUGUGGUGAAAGAUAUGACACCUUACUGCAUGACCAAAGCAGCAAUGGACCACAUGACACGAUGUGCUGCUUUAGAGAAUGCUCCCUUUGGAGUACGUGUCAACACAAUCAACCCCGGUGUCAUCAAGACGACCUUGGCGUUGAAACCUGGAACCAAUGUUGACGAAUAUAUGGAGAUGCUGGAGAAAACUACCGGUGCCGCUCAUGCUCUGGGAAGAACUGGAACACCGGACGAGGUGGCGCGCUGCAUCGCCUUCCUGGCCUCAGACGAUGCCUCGUUUGUCACAGGAAUAUCGAUGCCCGUCGACGGUGGUCUGCUGCUGGUGUCCUCGCUGUCUCAUGGCACCCCAUGGGAGGAGAACAAGUAGAAUGCGUAGGGGACAGGCUCGACACUCUGUCGAUGCAUGGUAAAACUGUAGCGCACAAAAAGAAAGGAGGAAACAGCUUGUUUACAAACAGCGCUUGUUUGUAACACGUAUCAUUAGUUAUUUGUGGGCGCUGCAGCUUUACCCUGCACAAUUACUAACUGACCGACCCAUCAGUCACUCUGUCGAUGUCCAUGGGCGCAUAGGAUCAAGACAGCGUUGCUGUUUCUGCUGUCGGUGAUUUGAUGCAUAAAGGGUGGAAUAAAGACGCAUGCCUUGUGC